AAUACAUUUUUUCCCUGAUUUUCUGGACAUUCUCUAUAUAUUUGGAAGCUGUUGCUAUAUUACCUCAGUUGUACAUGAUAAGUAAAACGGGCGAGGCAGAGACAAUUACAUCGCAUUAUCUCUUUGCCCUUGGCUUCUACAGAGCUAUUUCGUCAGCGUCACUAUUUUAUCGCUAUCCACUUCCUAUUUGA